UUAAUUAUUGAUAGACAAACCUAAAAUUCAUAUUUUGAAAGUUAAGUCAAAGUUCAAUAAUAGGAAACGCGGAAACUGUGUGGUUAGUUGAAGACAAUGUCUGAGACCGAUGAACAGGCGGAAAAUCUUCCUGAAGACACCGAAACUGAGGAAGGAACGACUGAUUAUGCAACAGAAACGACUAGUUAUUUGGACGAAGAAGAGGAGAGUGUGAAGAGUAUUUAUGACCAAGCGAAUUUCAUAUCAGGCCCUAAAGUCAGCCAAGACAGUAGUUUGGGGUUGGAUCUGUUAGAAUUCGAUUUUUCCUUCGGCUACGACUGCCUCAAAUACUUCAACCUCACCGUAUUAGAUGAAAAAACCGUCGUAUUUUCUUCGGGAAACUUCAUCCAGUUCCUCAAUGUGGAAACAAAAGAAAUCACUCUUAGACGAAGCGCACUUGGAGGAGGAAUCGGCCAUAUCAGAAAAAAUGGUAAUCCUGAGUUUCCCUACUUUGCGGUAGCUGAAUGUGGCGACAACCCCAUCAUUAUUCUUUACGUAUGGCCUACGCUGGAAAUUGUCUGCGUUCUCAAAGGAGGCGCCUUCAAGACAUAUGCAAACUUGGACUUUAACCCAGAUGGUGACUUGUUGGUAUCGCAAAGUGGUGAUCCGGAUUAUUUAAUCACUGUGUGGGAUUGGCAGCAUCAUACGAUUCUGCUCAGAACCAAGUCGUAUGUUAACGAUGUUUACAGGGUGAAAUUCUCCCCUUAUGUGGCUGGGCAGAUCACAACUUGCGGUUUGGCCCAUAUAAAGUUUUGGAAAAUGGCUUCCACCUUUACGGGGCUGAAGCUCAAAGGAGAGUUGGGCAGAUUUGGAAAAACCGAGUAUUCGGAUAUAGUAGGCGUACUUCCCAUGCCCGAUGCAAAAGUCGUAUCUGGCUGCUCUUGGGGAAACAUCCUUGUCUGGGAUGAUGGGUUGAUAACUUUCGAGGUUUUCAGGUCAUUGAGACGCAAAUGCCACGAGGCUCCAAUCGUACAGUUCUACUACUUGGAAGGCGAAUUAUGGACAAUUUCAAUGGACGGCCACGUGAAGGUCUGGUGGUUUGAGAAAAUCGACCAAGCAGACCCUCCAGAUGACGAUCGAGUAAUUCUAGUCGAUCCCACCUACGACUUCUACACGCCUGGAGUAAAACUGAUGUCUAUCGAGAAACGAAACUCUAGAGACAGCGGGGAUACGUUUUGGUAUGCCCAGGAUGGAAAUGGUGGCAUAUGGUUGAUAGACCUCAACACUGAAGACGAGCCCAAACCAUCCCAGCAACUCUACAAAUGCCAUGGGGGGAAAGUGACUGGACUGGCCGCCUGUCCUUAUGGCAAUUAUAUCGCCACUCUAGGAGAACUAGGGACUCUUUACCUGUACAACUACAUAACAAAAGAUCGAGUUUUGGAUUAUACGUUUCCAGCACCAGGCGUUUGCUUGAUUUGGCUGCCGCAGGAGAUUGAUUUGACUGGGGAAAUCUUGCUAGCAGCGUUUGGGGAUGGACAAAUCAGGGUGAUUUGCUUGCAUAUUCCAGAUAUAAAUUCUGGUGAAGACCGCAUUAUCCUACACGUUCCCCAGACAAUCAAGCCCCAUAGCAAGCCGGUGACGACAAUGUCAGUCAAUUCCAAAGGCACCAUUCUGGUUUCUGCCAGUGAAGAUUCCACUAUUUUUGUCUUCAAAGUGGAUGUCCAUUCGCAUCAAAGCUUGCUAAUACCCAUCGGAUUCUUUCCAACUACCGAUAUCGUAUCCUGUAUCACUUGGCAUCAUGAACUGGAAAACGAAGUUUUGCUCGGUUGCGUUCACGGUCAAAUGAUGCAAAUCUCGUUACCUACAGAAGAACAGCCUUACACAGGCGUAUCGUUUAAGCUGGAACUGCGACCGCAAUGUAACACUUUCACUACAUACAAGUCGCAGAUCAAGAGAGAUAACAAAAUUCGGCAGAUAGAAGAGAAGAAAGCGAAAAAGGUGGCCAAAAAACGAGAGGAAAUGGAACGAAUUAAAAAAGAGAAUCCAGGCCUGGAAAUUGAUGAAGAAACUUUCCUAGCCGACUCCGAGACCGAAGAAGAACUGGAACCGUUAUUCUUCCCAGAAGUUCCUAACAGGAUAAUCUGGCUCAAGUACACGCCCUUUGACACCAUUUGGCUUUCGAUGGCAGGAUAUGACGCAGGCUACAUUUAUGAGUACUACAUAGAUCAGAAGGACCCAGUUCCGAUAAAGUUCAGGUUCUUAGAUGGAGCUCACGAAAUGGAAGUUAGCACCUACACCUACACGCAAAAUCGGGAGUACCUAAUUUUUGCCAUGCAGGAUGGUAGCAUACGAGUGAAUAAAGUCAAUCCUGAUGACUACACUGACCUCACCAACUACUUUACGAUUGCAAUGCACGACAACCAAAACGGUUUCGUUCCAAAGCUGUGCUUCAGCUACGAUGAAAAGUACCUAUUCAGCUGCGGUCACGAUGGAAAUAUAUUCUCCUAUAAAUUCAACCCAGAAGACUAUAAAUUUCCGAAAACUUUCUCCAGAUUAUAUAGGCCGGAACAUUAUUGCUCCUCAGUACCAGACAGUGAUGUUGCCGAAAAAUUGAGCCUCGAAGAGGUCAAAAUCAAAGCUGAAGAAAACAAAAUUCAGAAACUAGCCAAUGAACACAAGAGCAAAAUUCGUGAUGUUCUAAAGAGCCUGAAGGAGCGAUACAAGAAGUUACUGAUUAGCAAUUCCAAGCUACUGCCCAGCCAGAUUAUCCCGAGAGAAGAACUGGAGCCUGAUGACCGAGUGGCGCAGUAUGUGGACCAAAUAUUUGCGGAUAAAGUGGAGAUUGUUCGACGAAAAUUGGCGUUUGAUGUGGAAAAAUCAAAAAUCCAAGUUACUAAACUGCAAAACUACUUUACAAGUCCGUGCGAUCGUCACACAGUUUUAGUACAUGGAAUUAACAAUCCCGACUGCGCCAUCAUAACCGUUAGGCAAAGGAAAAUGCCUCCAAUCUUUUACGAAAUGUUCGACAUUAUUGAGCAGAAACUCAAAGAGGAGGAAGGCAAAGGAAGACCUCCGGAAAGAGCGCUUCCAGCCCAGAAAGCGAUUAUAGCUAAAAUCGACAAAACUGAGUCGCCAUUGGAGUUCUUUUUGCUCAGUUUAACUCCUGAGGACAUCGCGUAUCGACUAGGGCCAAAACUCACGCGGCUAUUGGACAAAUACCGAGGCAGACGAUUAAAAUGGGAGAAAAGAUCUUGGGAGUGGGAAGAGUUUAUGGCAAGAAAACCGGUUCCUGGAAAAAAUCAUCCCGACGACGAAAAAUUCCUUACCGAAGCAAAACGUUCGUUUGGAGACUAUCAACUGAAAGAAAGUAGCAACUAUAAGGUGCCUCUUGAAGAACGAGAAACAACCGUGAAACAUUACAAAAAGCUUCUCGAAACUAGAGGGAAGCAAUAUACCUUGCGGCACAACUUUAUUCAAACGGUCUUUGAUAUUAGAGAUUACAAGUAUAAAUUCAUAGAAAAGCUGCACGAAAAACAACGCAGAAUUGAUGAAAUAAAUGCGGAACUUCCGGAAGAGUUCAGAAAAAAUGGUCCUCCGAUUCCCGACAUCGAUCCAACGGAGUUCCCGGAAGAAAAACUUCAAGUCCAAGUCGUGCUUCCUGCACCAGAAGAAGAUUCAGAUGAAAGCGAAGUAACCGGAAAGCCAAUUUAUGUGGAGAAACCGGUGGACGAUUUACUGGAAAAACAACUACUAGCUGGUACAGCUGAUCCAGAAUUUCGCAGAAGCUUUUUCUACAGCUCUAUUUCUGAUGAGGAGGUUUCGGAAGUUUCCUUAAUGCCUAUUGAGGAUCUACUCAGCUACUCAGAAAGCAACGAAACCCCAUUUGAAGCUUGCCUAAAAUCCGACAGAUUAAACCGGUUGUUAUUCUUCCAAAGAUUGGGCAUCUCUGAAAUGGAAGCAAUGAUCGACGAUUUCAACAAUUGGAUUUUCCAAGCUAGAAAGCAGCGCUUGCCGAUCUUGAUCCGCGGCAAUUUUAUCGAUAUUUUCAUAGUUUGCCUAAACGAAGAGCUGCAGAUUUUGAAAAGCUCGGAAGAGCAAGAAGACAAGCUUUCCCAUAGUGUAAAUUCGAAACUGAGCGCUGUUCAUGACAUGGAGGAUAGUUUGGAUUCCCUCAAAGUCGACAAGGAAAACCAAGAAAUAAAACUUGAAAACUUCAAAGUCGAAGAAGGAAAGAUACAGGAAAAAUUCAAAGUGGCAGUGGAGACUAAUAAGUUUUACGACUUCCUGAAAAAGGUUUUUAAAAAGAAGUACAAACCACCCAAAGUGAAAACUGAUGAUGAAAGUUCAUCGUCGUCUUCAUCCAGUUCGGAUGAAAGCGAGUAUGAAGACGACUCAGGCAGCAUCGACUCUAAAGACUUCGGCUUCAUCAAACAGGACUUGAAUAGUUGCCCCAAAGGAUGCGAACCCGCUUUGUUUAAUUUCACUGUGGAUCUGCGAUCAAAACGGCACGAAAUUGAGCAGAAUGAAAGAGAGGAACUGAGAAUGCUCGAAAUGACCAAAAAAGAGAUUGAUAUCGUCACUCGGAAACUGAGCAUUUUGAAAAAGGGCUAUGGAGAGUCUCAGGAAAAGUUGGAAGCUUUCAGAAGAGAAAAACAACACAAACUAAACAAUGUAAGAUGUACCGUUGUGUUAAACCUAAACCAAAUCUAUGGACGCAUUAGGCGUCAAGACAUGGACAUAAACGAGUUUUUGGUAUUCUCUCGAUCAAAACUCUCCGAUCUGUACAACCAAGUCAAGCUAUUGCAUAACGACGCCCUGGUCGAACAAGGAAAACAUGAUACAUAUCUAAGACAUUUGCUGCGAAUGAGAAAAGACAUCACCUACAUGGAGCGUAAAUCGCACAGUCUGAAAAGAGACAUAAAAAGACUUCUGAAGAUAAAGUUUGGAAAAGAGGUGGACAUCAAUGAGCUGGAAAUGGCGGUGCUUCAAAGAUCCUUCCAGAAGAAUAUGGUGAAUGAACUGGAAGAAGUGGUGCUGAAGAAGUUGGUCUACGAGUUAAGAAUUAAAAUGACCGAUAUUCGAGGAAUUUAUAUUAAAGAGUUGGAGCGGUGGCAGACAAAAAUAGUUAAAUGCCAGCACAAUUUAACGAAAGAAAUAAAAGAGAACACUAAGCGCUUGGAACUAGUAGCUGUUAUAAACAAAGAGAAGAAAGAUCUGGCUAGAUUUGUAGACACCCAAGACAAAAGAAGAGAGCGAGUUGCAUACAUGGAAGCGAUUCAUUGCGACUUUACUAAAGAUCUCGACAAGCUGGAAGAGAUAGUCAACGACCAAAACCAAACCAUUCAAGAUCUGAAAGAAGAAAUUAGAAUGUUCAAAACUAAAGGUUUAGCCCAGGAAGUGCGCAAAAGGAGCCAAAGAAUGGCAGAUUAUGAGAAACCACGUUCAGAAAAAGAACUGGUCAAAGAAGAAAUGACUAGGUGGGUUGAUUACGAAGACUACGUUAGCGACGUUGAAUGGGAUGAAGAAGAGGAGCUAGAAGAAGAACAAGAGCUACUGAGAACAGACAUAACUAUCCCUACAUACCAAUUACUCGAAGGUGAAGACCUAGUUAAAGAAUUAAUUGAUACUCUCAUGAAGGACGUGGAUGCAGACCUCACGCGGAAAAGCAAUGAAGACUUGGUACAUGAAAUUCUAAGCAACAUAGUGAAAUGUUCCAGCACUCAUGCGAUGAUCAAUGAAAUAAUUGACAAUUUGCCUAUUGGGGAACUCAAUGAGGAGCAGCGCAGCAGUAUUGAAGAAACUGCAGAAAAAUUAAUGAGCAUUCAAGAGCCACAGGUCAAUGAUGAAAACGUACUGUCUCGCAUUAAAGACAUACUGGAAGAGGUUUUAGAGGAGGUUGUGUGUGCUGAUCCUCAUUAUUUGAUACCGGCUGUUUUGGAAAAACUAUUAGACAACCUGCCUGUGGAAAUGAUUUCUUCGGAAUCUGCUCUAGAUGAAAUUGCCUUGUCUAUUACAAAAUCCGUUCAGGAUUUAGAGCUGAACCAAGACGAGCUUCGCAAGUCCGUUGAAAGCAUCUCCAGUGCUGAUCAGCAGGAAAUUGCAGAAAUUAUUAACGGAAUACUGGAAAGGGUUUAUGGCGAAGGCAUUGAUUACUUCUACGUUAUCAAUUCAUAGGUUUAUACACUGUAGUUUUUUACACACUAUUAUUAUUUAUUAGUAGGUACGUGUGUAGCCUCUUUAGGCAAGGUACUCAUAUACUAGAAAGACUAGUAAAUAUCCAUGUCUUAACUUAAGAAGGGUAAAUUUCGUUUAGAUCAACACAAAUACAACUUAUGAAUAUAACACAAGACGA